AUGACCGCUUCCCAUACCAUCGACCUUCCAGGGGGUAUACCACGGGAUCACAAGCCCCAUACGGAGAGUACAACCACCAUUCUCGUUCCAACUGCCCAAACGGCCUUCCUUAACCCUGUACAGCAGUAUAAUCGAGAUCUGAGUGUGGCAGUCAUCCGGACGUUCAAUGAGACACGAUCGGAGGAACUGCGGAAUCGUUGGAGAGCGAAGCAGGACAAGGGCGGAGGCAGGCGGAGGAAACAGAAACAGCCUGAUGAAGACGCUGGCGAUUCAGAGCAUAAAGCGGAUGCCGAAGUGCCUAGACCGGGCCCUUCACGUUUUCGAGAAGCAUUCAGGACACCUCAAAUCACCAUACUGGAAGCAUUAUCAGCCACGGGCUUGAGAUCGAUACGUUAUGCAAAGGAGAUAGAUAAUGUCAAGUUAGUAUUAGCAAAUGAUCUCUCUCCUUCUGCAUGCGAAGCAAUGAAAAUGAAUGUUCGAUAUAACAGUGUUGGUGAAGACGACCCAGACUCAGGACCUUCAGUGUCUACCUCGGAACAAGAAACUUCACUACCUGUCGAGGAAGUCCAACCGAUCAUUUCUGAAGAGGAGGCCAUGAAUGGUGCAUCUGCACAUUCUGAAUAUUCUUAUGGUAGGAGAUUCAACUGUAAAGGUAGAGUAAGGGUGAAUCAAGGAGAUGCUUGUGCAUUCAUGUAUCAACAACGAGCGGAUAAUAGACGGAUAGAGGUGGUGGAUCUUGAUCCAUACGGUACUGCAGUGCCUUUCAUCGAUGCCGCAAUCAACUGCGUGGCAGACGGAGGACUAUUGUGUGUGACGUGUACGGACAUGGCGGUGUUGGCGGGGUCACACUAUCCGGAGAAGUGUUUCUCCAAUUACGGAGGUGUCAGUGUCAACGCGGAAUAUUCUCACGAAGUUGCCCUUCGUCUCAUGCUCAACUCUCUGGCAACAACAGCCGGAAGGUACGGCAAAUACAUCGUCCCUCUUCUUUCCCUUUCCAUCGAUUUUUACUGUCGUGUUUUCAUCCGUGUUCACAAUGGUGCAGAGAAAGUCAAAUACCUCUCCAGUCAAACGGGUAUCACGUACAGUUGCUCGUAUUGUCACAGCUUCCUCAUCCAACCCUUUGGCCGUACCGCCGUUCGUGAGAAUAAGAAAGGUGGUACAUAUGAUGUGCACAAAGCUGCUGUGGGGCCAGUCGGUGAAGGUAGUAAAUGUGAAGAAUGCGGUUCGACGAUGCAUGUGGGAGGACCCAUGUGGCUCGGGCCAUUACAUGAUACUGAGUUUGUGGGAAGGGUGUUGAAGGGUAUUGAAGGGGAUAAAGAACAUUAUGGGACUUGGUCGAGGAUGUGGGGAAUGUUGACAAUCGCACAGAAUGAAAUAUCCGAUCCUUUUUACUUCACCUCCAACAAGAUCCACGGAGCCUUACACGCAAUCAGCUCUCCUUCCUCUCAAGUCAUCUCAGCGUUACUCAAUGCAAACUACAGAGUAUCCCGUUCUCAUGCUUCGCAAGGUAGUAUCAAAACGGACGCUCCUAGAAGUUUCAUCUAUGAUAUCGUCAGGGAACAUAUCAAGAAGGUGCCUGUCAGAAUGGACAAAGUCCCGGAAGAUAGUCCAGCACGGAAAUUAAUAGAGAAGGAGAUCACUCACAAAAUCGACUUCACACCCCAUCCUGAUGUAGCCAAAUUUGAGAGAGGUGAAAAGGUCGUCUUCUAUCAAGUCAACCCUACACCCCAUUGGGGUCCAGGAUCAAGGGCUAAAACUGUCAUAGGACAGAAACGUAAAUCCGAUGAGGCUGUCAAUGGAUUUAGGUUCGAUAAUCCUAAUGCGUUCAACCAUCCACUCGACGACGAAUCGGAUGUUUUCCAAUCUUCAUUCGGCGUUUCAUGGAUAUUCUGA